AUGGAGGCUUGUCUUCAGCUUUCGUGGAUUAGUUUUGUUUUUUGUUUUGGUGUCGUGUUUUGCCAACAUCGUGCUGGUGGCAAAGUGAUAUUUGUUCUCACAAUGAGCGUGGUGCCGGCAGUGAGGGGGCUCACUGACGCGGAGGUGAUGGAGCCUUCUCACUUUGCGCGGGAGAGUUCGGACGAUACAAAUGGUGAUGGGACCCCGCAGCCGUUGCCGUUGCAGCUGCGCGGGGACUCGUGGAGGUAUAUAGUGGGCUUAACAUUUUGCAUUAUAUCCGUUUCGAACGCCAUGCAGUGGAUCACGUUCUCCGCAAUCGUGGAGGAGGUUCGCGCGUAUUUCAAUAUGAGUGCUGUGCAGGUGAAUUAUUUAGCCACGACGUACGUUAUUGCCUACGUAUUGAUCGUUUUUUUGAGCUGCAAGCUUUACGAAGUAACUGGGUUGAAAGUUGGUGUUGUGAUUGCCGCCUCGACAAAUGCCAUUGGAUCUUUAAUUAAACUUCUUGCACUUUACGUAUGGCCAAACAUGGUUCUAUUGUAUAUGGCGCAGGUUUUUAAUUCCGUCACAGAGGUCCUUACAAUUGCCACCCCGCCGCUCAUUGCGAAUCGUUGGUUCCCAGAAGGCCAACGCAUGGUCGCCAACACCGUAUUGAGUAGCGCCCUCAAUUUCGGUUGCGGUAUUGGGGUGUUGAUUCCAACUUUUUUUGUUACACCGGAGAAGCAGGAGCGAAGGCAUUUAGCGCACUUGUUUUGGUUUCAGUUUGCAAUAUGCAGUGGCGCACUCAUUAUGGCUAUUUUUUUUGUUCCCUUGCGUCCUCGUUACAUGGCAAGUUACGCCGCAGCACGACAACAAGAAAAUGAGGCGAAACACUUGGAGGUCCUCAGAGGCAUUGUGCGACGUCGCAAGGGACGAAGCAAGCGCGAGCGAGUUCAGCAACGGCACGAAGGUCAAGAAGGACAAGGGGAGGGGGGGACUGUUGUCUGUGAUGAACAUGGCGAACAGGACGUGCAAUCUAUCAAUGUGUUUUCCACCAUCAAGGAUGCUCUCCACAUGCUAAAGGAUAAUUCUUCCUUUGUGUUUCUCAUGAUUGCUAGUGCGGCCGAACUUGGUCUUAUAUGGGCAGUCGCCACAGUACUACCUCAGUGUUUAAGUCCGUUUGGUGUGUCAGAGGUAGAGAGUGGAUGGAUUGGAUUUUCAAAUCUUGUCCUUGGCACAGUCGUGGCACCGUUUCUUAUGCACCUUGUUGAGCGUAAUCGCCGGUAUAAAACAGUGCUUGUCUCCAUUGCCAUGAUCCUCACUCUGAAUAUGUCUGUCUUGGUCCUCUCUCUGGCGUUUGGGCCACCUCCGCAGGAUAAUCGUAAUUAUUAUGUCGUGGUGGCGUUCGUUCUGUGGGGCGGUGUGGCAGGUCUUUGUCAAAACUUUAUGAUGCCGCUUAUGUUUGAGUUUGUUAUUGAGCUUACCUUCCCAAUGGCAGAAUCCACAAGUGCCCCUGUACUGACCUGGGCGGCAUGCCUAUCAAACCUUAUUUUAACUAUUGUGUUUGGUGAAAUGCUUGGAGAUGCUCCCACGCGGGGUGAGGCAGUGAAUGUUUUUAUAGGGGCAACAGUUGUGUGCUUUUUGGGUGGCAUUGCACUCUUGUUGGUGUACCCAUACCGAAGACGAUGCGAGUAUGAACUUCUCAUGAAGGAGAGGGGUGAGAGAAUGUUGGUCGCCGCAGCCGCAGCUUGA